AUGUCCCACGAACUCGUUCUACGAUCCAACACCCUUGAUUCCGACCAAGGAAGCAAUCCUUUGGAAACCAAGGCGAAGGAAAAUGAGCUAGACUGUAUCGUACGCAAGCCCGGCUUUGGUAUGCCUCUCGGCCACAUGCCCGACGCCGAAAACCGGUUCCCGUUGCUAUACAUGGACGACCGGUGGGGCGGAGGAUGGCGCGCCGCCACGCUGCUCAUCCGCGAGUGCUGCAUGAUGAAGUUUAUCAACGCGCUAUCCGACAAGCCGGAGUGGUGGCUCAAGGUACAAGACGACGAGAUUGCCGAAAAGUGGAAGAAAGAGGCCUUGAGCAUGGACUGGACGCUGUAUCUGAAGCACGCCGAUUUCACUCCUGCGAUGGCUGACGCCUGCAUCAGCGAAUUGAAAAAGAAGGCAGUUUUGUAUGAGCAGACCGGCUUGAUGCCUGUACUUGACUACUCCAUCGCCGUUAUCAAAUCCGACGCCAUCAUGACACCCGAUAUGGCUACGUCUCUUCGGAAAGGCGUCAAACCGCUGGAAGAAGUACCUGCAGAAGACAAAGACUGGCACCCCAACAGCAAUGAACAAGUUCUGGAUCUUGUGCAUCCUUCUCUUUGGCCAUUGAUGUACGGCCGCUCUAGGGUCCUCCGAGAUCGCGUCAUCGGCUUGGAUGACGCUCUCGAGCAUUGCGGCAUGGGGACAAUUCUACCGAAGCGGAAGCAAAAGGAGACGGAGUUGCUCAUCAAAGCGGGCAGAAAGGCCAAGAUUGCAAGCUACAUCAACAACCUGCACCCGAAGGAACACAGCGAUCUGUACGCUGUAAUUGAAAGAUUUAUCGAAAAGUCUCUGCCGGCGUGGGAAAUCAUCUACAACUGGGAAAAAGACUUCUCAGUCCAACGUCUUCGCACAGACGAGGCCGGGUUUGGGGAUUGUCCUUGCCCUGAGCUGUGCCAGUUGGACGACAUGGAUUGUUCAUGUGAGCCAUGGAAACGUCCCGUCGGAGGGGAUGAAGAGCCCAGGGACCCAGAUGACGAAGAGCAGUACGACGACGAGUACAAAGACUCUGAACGGAAGAAGCGGGAUGACGCUUGGUUCUUUGCGACCCAUGCCCUUAAACUCCCUGACGCCGACCCUCUGGCGGAAAAGCACGUCCGCAUUGACAGCUCGCAUGUCAAGACGCAUGGCUUCUUCAACAAUAAGUCCCAGGUCCAGGUUAUUGUCAAGCUCGCAAACAUUCACCUCACCCCCGACAAGCCCUCCACCGCCUUGUUCUACUACGACUCUGAGAACAUCACCGAGUGCACUCUCGACUUUCGCACGUCCGCCAAUGGCGAUGAACUCGACGAAGGUGCACUUUCGUACGAACAAUAUGACCACCGCAGCAUUGAGCGCACAUUCGCUGUCCAGCAGUACCAAAGCAUAUUCCAGGACAUUGGUUCAGUGGUGACAAAGUCGGGACGGGCGCUGUUCUUCCCGAACUUGUUGCAGCAUCACGUUUCGUCAUUCAGGUUGGCAGAUCCGACGAAGGAGGGGCAUCGGAAAAUCUUGGCGUUAUUUCUAGUGGACCCCGCGAUUGAGAUUGUGAGUACCUCAAACGUGCCACCACAGCAGAAACAUUGGUGGCUUGGGACGACGGGGUUGGACGGCGGGAAGGGAGUCUCACCAGCUGAGCUUGGCGAGUUGGUUGCCGACGAGGUGGAGUGGCCCAUGGGGCUGGCAGAGGCAAAGGAGGUGAGGCUAAAGGUGAUGAGGGAAAGGACUUGGCUUAAGGAGGAGGAGGAGGAGAGGUUGGAGGAUGUGACGUGGAAAUUUUGCGAGCAUUGA